AGUAUGAAGAGGAAAGCGAUGUUCACGUGUCCCUUCAAUGGUGACUGCAAAAUCACCAAGGACAACCGGCGGCACUGCCAGGCGUGUCGGCUGAAGCGCUGUGUGGACAUCGGGAUGAUGACAGAGUUCAUCCUGACGGACGAGGAGGUUCAGAGGAAGCGUGAGAUGAUAUUGAAGCGCAAGGAGGAGGAAGCGCUCAAGGAGAGCCUGAAGCCCAAACUCUCAGAGGAGCAGCAGAAAGUCAUCGACAUCCUUCUCGAGGCUCAUCGUAAGACCUAUGACCCCACGUACGCCGACUUCACCAGGUUCCGGCCCCCGGUGAGAAGCAACCCCAGCAACAGGGGAGCAGCGAGGUCCUCCUCCAUUCUCACCCAGGACUUGUCGUCGGAGGACUCCACUGACCUCUUUAGCUCUGAUGCCUUCAGCAUGUUUCCAGAAUCUGUGGAGCCAAAGAUGUUUUCAAACCUGGUCCUCUCUGAGGAGAAUGACGAGAGCUCCUCUGUGAACAUCGACUUCUCCCACCUCUCCAUGCUCCCACAUUUGGCCGACCUGGUCAGCUACAGCAUACAGAAGGUGAUUGGCUUUGCCAAAAUGAUCCCAGGAUUCAGGGACCUGGCAGCUGAGGACCAGAUUGCCCUGCUGAAAUCCAGUGCCAUUGAGGUGAUCAUGCUGCGCUCAAACCAGUCCUUCACCCUCGAGGACAUGACAUGGACCUGCGGCAGCAAUGACUUCAAGUACAGGAUCAGUGAUGUCACCCAAGCUGGUCACAGCAUGGAUCUGCUCGAGCCACUGGUGAAAUUCCAGAUUGGCUUGAAGAAGCUGAACCUUCAUGAAGAAGAGCACGUGCUCCUCAUGGCCAUCUGCAUCCUGUCCCCAGAUCGCCCAGGCGUGCAGGACACCUCACUGGUGGAAUCCCUCCAGGAUCGUCUCUCGGAGAUCCUCCAGACCUACAUCCGCUGCCGGCAUCCUCCUCCUGGCAGUCGCUUGCUCUAUGCUAAGAUGAUCCAGAAGCUGGCUGACCUUCGGAGCCUGAAUGAGGAGCACUCCAAGCAGUACCGCUGCAUCUCCUUGCAGCCCGAGCACAGCAUGCAGCUCACGCCGCUGGUGCUCGAGGUCUUUGGCAAUGAGAUAUCCUGA